AUGCAGAACUCUAUUGAAUGUGCCAGACGCAUAAAUAAGGCUGAGCUACCGAAAUUUAUCAACAAACAAGUUAGGUUUGUUGGGAGAGUACUUUCUGUAGAUGGUGAUACAGCUACAUUUGAAGCACCUGAUAGAGGGACCGUAAAGUGUAAGAUAAUGAGUCCUCCCCCCAGUAUGUUUGUUGAGGUUAUCGCUCAAGUAAUGCCAGAUUUGACUCUUACACAGACAGAUUUUAUGUUUGAUUUGGGUAAUUCGCUAAAUAUGGAGCUAGUUAAUGAAAGUAUAAAGUUGUCUCUACAUCCACAAUUGAGGGAAUAUUGGGAACCUACAACUAACCAAGUCUGA